GACUCCUACGGCUCCCACCUGGAGGGAGGCAUCACCAAGAACCUCAGCAGCCAGUCCAUCCGCAAGUACGCGCUCAACAUCUCCGAGAAGCGGCGACUGAGGGACAUUCAGGAGACCCAGAUGAAGUACCUGUCUGAGUGGGACCAGUGGAAGCAGUACAGCAGCAAGUCUUGGAAGCGGUUCCUCGAGAAGGCGCGCGAGAUGACCACCCACCUGGAGCUGUGGCGUCAGGACAUCCGCAGCAUAGAAGGGAAAUUUGGCACCGGAAUUCAGUCCUAUUUUUCCUUUUUGCGGUUCCUGGUGUUGCUGAAUUUGGUGAUAUUUCUGAUCAUCUUUAUGCUGGUCCUGCUCCCUAUCUUGCUGACCAAAUACAAAAUCACCAACAGCACCUUUGUGCUCAUUCCGUUYAAAGAUAUGGAUAUUCAGUGUACCAUAUACCCCAUAAGUAGUUCUGGACUUAUCUACUUUUACAGUUACAUCAUAGACUUGCUUUCCGGCACUGGUUUCUUGGAGGAGACCAGCCUCUUUUAUGGACAUUACACCAUCCAUGGUAUAAAGUUCCAGAACUUCACCUACGAUCUGCCCUUGGCUUACUUGAUAAGCACAAUCGCCUACCUGGCCCUGAGCCUCCUUUGGAUCGUGAAAAGGUCGGUGGAAGGGUUCAAAAUCAACCUGAUCCGGAGUGAGGAGCACUUCCAGAGUUACUGCAACAAGAUCUUUGCCGGCUGGGACUUCUGCAUCACCAACCGCAGCAUGGCGGACCUGAAGCACAGCAGCUUGCGGUACGAGCUCCGAGCAGAUCUAGAGGAAGAAAGAAUACGGCAGAAAAUAGCAGAAAGGACCUCAGAAGAAACGAUACGCAUUUACUCUUUGAGACUGUUUUUGAACUGUAUUGUUCUGGCUGUUUUAGCAGCAUGCUUCUAUGCCAUCUACAUAGCAACUAUCUUCUCCCAAGAACACAUGAAGAAGGAAAUCGACAAGAUGGUUUUUGGAGAGAACCUCUUGAUAUUGUACCUACCAUCCAUUGUGAUCACGCUGGCCAAUUUUAUCACCCCCAUCAUCUUCGCCAAGAUCAUCCACUACGAGGACUACUCCCCAGGCUUUGAGAUCCGGCUGACCAUUCUGAGGUGUGUCUUCAUGCGACUGGCCACCAUCUGUGUGCUGGUGUUCACUCUGGGCUCCAAGAUCACGUCCUGUGAUAACGACACCCUGUGUGAACUCUGUGGCUACAACCAGAAGCUCUACCCGUGCUGGGAGACCCAAGUUGGGCAGGAAAUGUACAAGCUGAUGAUCUUCGACUUCAUCAUGAUCUUGGCUGUGACCAUCUUUGUAGAUUUCCCAAGAAAGCUCCUGGUGACCCACUGCUCCUCUUGGAAGCUGAUUCGGUGCUGGGGACAGCAGGAAUUUGCCAUUCCCGAUAAUGUCCUGGGGAUCGUGUACGGGCAGACCAUUUGCUGGAUCGGAGCCUUUUUCUCACCCCUUCUUCCUGCAAUUGCAACCUUGAAAUUCAUUAUUAUCUUUUACGUGAAAGAGUUGAGUCUUCUUUAUACCUGCAGACCCUCCCCACGGCAAUUCAGAGCGUCCAAUUCCAAUUUCUUCUUCCUGUUGGUGUUGUUGAUUGGGCUGUGUUUGGCGAUAAUACCUCUGACGAUCAGCGUGUCCCGCAUCCCUUCCUCCAAAGCCUGUGGGCCGUUCACCAGCUUCAACACCACGUGGGAUGUYGUCCCGCGGACGGUGAGCACCUUCCCCAGCUCGCUGCAGUCCCUGGUCCAUGGCAUCACGUCGGAAGCCUUCGCGGUGCCUUUCUUCAUGAUCAUCUGCCUCGUCAUGUUCUACUUCAUCGCCCUGGCCGGAGCGCACAAACGGGUGGUGGUCCAGCUCCGAGAGCAGCUGUCCCUGGAGAGCCGGGAUAAGCGCUAUCUGAUCCAGAAGCUAACCGAAGCCCAGAAGGAUGUGCGGAGCCAUUAGGCUGAGCCUGAAGACGCCGCGCCGCGUGCUGCUCCGCUGGUGACUGUCGCACCCACAAAGCCCGCCUGGGUUUUGAGCAGAAAUUGCAAAAUAUAUUUUUCUGGAAUUGAGGCUUUUCCUGACGGGACUCUGUGCAGCUGCGGUGGCCUGGUUACAGAACCCAGCCUCUCAUGAGGGCUUUGGGUGACGUGGUAAAAGCAGGUCCAGYGCCAGGUCUUCGCCUGUGGACCUGCAGCUCAGUGAGGACCCUACCUGAGAC